ACUCUUUAAAAAAUUAAAAUACUGAAACAGUAAUUUGAGGGACAAAUCGAUUAGCUAUCAUUCGAAUUUCGAAUGUUACUGAAAAAAAAAGAAAAAAAAAAAGAAAGAAAGAAACGUCGAACACCCAGUUUCUUCAAUAGACUUCUCUCCUCACAUUCUUCACCACAAACCCCAACCCUAAUCGAGGACUUUCCAUCUCCGUGGUUCUCUCUCCUCGGGCCAAAAAUGUCGCACUUCGGAAGGACAGGCCCUCCGGACAUCAGUGAUACCUAUUCUCUCCUCGUUCUCAAUGUCACCUUCCGUACGACUGCGGAUGAUCUAUUCCCAUAUUUUGAUAAAUAUGGCAAAGUCGUGGAUAUCUUCAUCCCUAGAAAUCGAAGGACUGGUGACUCAAGGGGCUUUGCUUUUGUGCGGUACAAGUAUGCUGAUGAGGCACAGAAAGCAGUGGAUAGGCUAGAUGGUAAAGUUAUAGAUGGUCGAGAGAUAGCAGUUCAGUUUGCGAAAUAUGGGCCAAAUGCGGAGAGGAUUCAAAAAGGGAGAAUUAUUGAAUCAUCCUCAAGGUCAAGAAGUCGCAGUCCUCGCAGAAGGCACCGAGAUGACUACAGAGAUCGGGAUUACAGAAGAGGGCGCAGUAGAAGUCUUGAUAGAUAUGAUCGUGAUAAGUAUGGGAGGGAAAGGGAUUAUCGUCACCGGAGUAGGAGUCGCAGUGUUAGUCCUGACUACCAUAGGGCUCGGGGAAGAGGCCGUUAUUAUGAUGAGCAUCGAAGCCGAAGCCGAAGCCGAAGCCAUUCAAUGGAUAGUGCGUCUCCCAUUCGGCGUAGUCCCAGUCUUCACAGAAGUCCUUCACCACAAAGGCCUCCAUCUCCUAGGGGUCAAAGUCCUGAUAGGCACAGCCGUGAGGGAAGGUCCCCAACUCCUCUCAGUAUUUCAUCCAGGGGUCGGUCUGCCGAUCCUUGAAGCCAAUCCCCUCGAAAAUUAGAUGAUGAAUGAUUAAUUUGGCUGCCUGGAAAUUCAUGGAGACAUCUUGAGUGGUGUACUUGCGGGUUUUAUGCUGAUGUUGAUGACCCUUGAUCGUCGUGCACGUUCUUAUCAGAAUCUUAAGUGCUAGUUUUGGUAGGACUAUGAACUCUUUGAUGUUUAAGCAUUUAUCUUGGACCUAAUCCUUGGGUAGGUGUGUAGUGUACCGAUAAAAAGAAAAAAUGGACAUCAUCUUUAGCUGGUCAUUUUCGAAUUUGUGGUCUUCAUAGUUUGUAGGGUGGUAUUUUAGAAUUGAUGGAGUCAUAUCUUAAUAUGGAUCCUUUUUCAUUACACAUUUGAUUUUGUUGCCUUCAAUGCCUGUCCAUCUCUCCCUCUCAAUUUAAGUAUGCUUGGUUAUAUUUUUUUUUACUUUCUUUUGAUUCAUCACGAGCUAUUUAUUGGGUUUUAUAGUUAUGUUCGGGAACAAUGACUGGGGCUUCAUGGGCGGAUGUUGAAUUAUGGUCGUUGAUGCUGUUCCUAAAAUGUAGAUGGAUGAUCGGGAUAUUGAUGCUGGUUGCAGCAGUAUGCUGGUUUUAGAAGUAUGGUUGUUUUAGCAGUAUGCUGGCUGCAGAGGACUUAUAUAUGUUAACUAGUUUUCUCUGGAUGAUCUAAUCUUUGGUAAGAUUUAUAUAGCUUUACUUUUUUUUUUAAAAAAGAAAGAUUUAUAUAGCUCAGCUAUUUGUUUCAGAAAAAUCAUAUCCUUCAGGAUUCUGGUUCUGACUUGAUAAUCCUUUUUGGUCUUUUUGACUGAUAUUGGGGAAAAAAUGGUCCUAAAAGAGGUUCUAGUUGCUGUGAUGGUCUAACGACAUGAACAUUUAUUUAACUUCUAGCUGAUGCUGCACAUAUGAGAUGGACCUAUGAUUCAUUGACUGCGAUGUGGAUACCGAACGUGAACUGCAAGUUCUAUAUAUGAAUACUUGAAUGCUGGUGCGAAUUUUGCUGCAGAAUAAUGAGGCAUGGUAAUAAGUUUGUGAUUAAUAAUUAUGUUUUAGGGUUAUUGGAAUUUACAAUAUUAAUCACUGCCCUUUAAGAUUAUAACUUCUGCUGCUUACUGUAGUGGAGAUGUUUUUAGCACAUGGGCACAUGACCGUAGCUGUGAAGUGGUUGCUGAUGCCUGUUCUGUUCUCUGUUUGGUUGGUGAUUAACUUUUGCAGUAUUAGGGAAUAAAUACUGCUACUGGUCUGUUGCUGCCCACUCUAUAUUAGUUGGGGUUGGCAAUUUUACUAGCUGUUGUGAGACUGAUUGUCGUUGCCAAGCUGUGUUGCUUGCUUGCCAACAAUCAAUUCUUAAUUUAUAGUCAUACAUAUGCAUAGUGUUAUGCUUUGUGCCUGUGGAUUUAUGCUUUUGUCUCACUGUAACAAGUUUAGUGCUAUGAAAAUUUGAUUCUAUACUUAA